AAGGGAGAGGGAGAGGAGGGGAAAGGGCCGGGGGCUGGAUGGUUUCAAAAGAGAGAGGAGGCGUGAGGCGCGGGUGGCGAUGAAGUCCCCCUCAUAAAAGAGAUUUCCAGCGUUUUCACUUUUAUUCUGACGUUGGGUGUUGGUGCUGGUGGUCACUUUGCCAGCGCGGAUGAGUGUCAGACGCGCCUUCUCCUUCAGCCAAGAGGACCCUUAAACUCGACUUUGUUCUUGCAUACCUUCGGCGGUGUAUCUCGAGAGACUUAAGAGCCAGAGCCGAGGGAUAUUCUAUGCUCGUGAACCCCGGGCGGACCUCCGACGUUAUCUGUGAUCUGUGUUAGAGGCGGAGCGAGAGACUCCCUCCGGGGAGCGGAACACGUCAGCGACAUGAAGCUGAUCUUCGAGCCUAAGAUAUGGCUGCUCCUUUUCGUCCUGCUGGCCCUUUGCAUAGACUUCUCAGAAGAAGCCCAAAGACCAAGUGUACGUUCCAGGCCAAGACCACAGUACCGGCCACAGAGGAAACCACAGCAGAAGAGCAGACCACACCGGAACAGACCACGACCUCAUGGAAGGCCAAAACCCCAUUACGGUCGUCCACCCAAACCAAGUUACGGACCUCCCCCUAAAGCCCCAGUUCAGAGCUAUGGACCACCACCGAAGGCACCUUCACCGAGCUACGGCCCACCACCUAAGGCACCUUCCCCGAGCUACGGACCACCACCUAAAGCACCCUCGCCGAGUUACGGACCACCACCUAAGGCACCUUCCCCGAGCUACGGACCACCACCCAAAGCACCAGUUCAGGAUUAUGGAGCACCUCCAAGCAACGAUUACAGUGCACCAGAACCUUCUGGUUAUGGUCCUCCCAAAUCCUCAAGCAUUGUUUCUGGUGGAUAUGGAGCCCCUGAAGCCCCUAGUUCUUCUUACGGAGCCCCCGAGUCCCCUAGUCCCUCUUACGGUGCUCCUGAAGCUCCCAGUCCCUCCUAUGGAGCUCCUGAAGCUCCCAGUCCCUCCUAUGGAGCUCCUGAAGCCCCUAGCACAUCUUACGGAGCUCCAGAAGAUCCAAGCCCAUCCUAUGGAAGCCCAGAAGUUCCGAGUCCCACUUACGGUGCACCAGCUCCAGCACCAAGCUAUAGCCCCCCCGCCCCUGCCCCUGCCCCGAGUUACAGUCCCCCAGCCCCUGCACAGAGUUACGGCGCCCCGGACUCAGUUGGCUUUGGCCCUCCGAAAGGGGACUCGCAAACAGCACAGUCCUACUCACCACCGGCUCCCUCACCAUCUUACUCACCGCCUGCUCCAGCUCCAUCACCUUCCUACUCAGCUCCCGAACCAGCGCCCUCUCAGUCUUACUCGCCACCCGCUCCUUCGCCUUCUUACUCAGCCCCUUCGCCAGCCCCGUCGCCUUCCUAUUCUGCUCCAGAACCAGACCAGUCAUAUUCACCGCCAGCCCCCUCGCCUUCUUACUCAGCACCUUCCCCUGCACCUCAGCCUUCACAGUCUUACCUCCCACCCUCGCCAGCACCCUCGCCCUCUUAUUCAGCUCCGUCUCCAGCGCCAUCUCAAUCUUACUCACCUCCAGCUCCAGCGGCAUCUUACUCACCUCCCUCCCAGUCCUACUCUUCCCCCACAGAGCAGAGUUACAGGCCGCCGCCCUCUCCUCCUCUUCCUCUGGACUACGAUGCAGCCAUUCCUACUGAAAGUUACUCGGAGCCAGAAGCCCCGUCUAGUAACUAUGAAGCUCCAGCACCAGCUGCCCCAUCUGGCGGGUACGGAGCUCCUCCGGCUCCAGCUGCCCCACCUGGCGGGUAUGGGGCACCUCCAGCACCAGCUGCGCCAUCUGGCGGGUAUGGUGCUCCCCCGGCUCCAGCUGCCCCAUCUGGCGGAUAUGGGGCACCUCCAGCACCAGCUGCGCCAUCUGGCGGGUAUGGUGCUCCUCCAGCACCAGCUGCCCCAUCUGGCGGGUAUGGGGCACCUCCAGCACCAGCUGCCCCAUCUGGCGGGUAUGGGGCACCUCCAGCACCAGCUGCCCCAUCAAACAGUUAUGAAGCUCCUGCACCAGCUGCCCCAUCUGGCGGGUAUGGGGCACCUCCAGCACCAGCUGCCCCAUCUGGCGGGUAUGGGGCACCUCCAGCACCAGCUGCGCCAUCUGGCGGGUAUGGAGCUCCUCCAGCCCCGGCUCCGGCUGCCCCAUCUGGCGGGUAUGGUGCCCCUCCAGCAGCCCCAUCGAAUAGUUAUGAAGCCCCAGCACCGGCUGCCCCGUCCGGCGGCUAUGGAGCCCCUCCAGCGCCAGCUCCAGCGACCCCAUCUGAUAGCUAUGGAACACCCAAUUCCUUCCCUUCCUCAGGUUUCUUUGGCAAUGAUUUCAAUUUCCCAUCUUUCGCUGAUUUGUUUGCUGAUGACCAAUGGGGUGAAAAAGUCCAAAAUUAAAAACAGUUAAGAUUUCUUUUCAGACACCUAAAGCAUGAUUUUUUUCAUAUUGAGUAUGUAUUCACGAUUGGAGUAUUUUUGUGGCUGUCCAGAAGAUUUUUUUUGCAAAAUUUGAAAUUCAGUGAAUUGAAUUACCUUAUUUACGGUGGUCAAACCUAACGAAAAGUUUUCCACAGACGACAGAGAAUGAUAGAGAUGGAUGUAUAUAACAUGAUUUUGUACAAAACAACUAUUCCUGAACGUGAUUUUUUUUCAUAUCUAUUUCUUUUCUUUUCAACUUCUUCGGUGAAUCAUUGGUUUACAUUCAUAAAUCAUAAAUUACAAAGACUUUCAACUUCACCCCACUGUCAGGUAUAUUAGUGUUUUCAGAUAACGGAGCAUCACUAUGUGCAAGUUUUACCUGUAUGCUUCAUUGUCUAACUGUUGAUCGAUGUAACCCGUGAUGAAGGACAGAGCAUGCAGAAGAAUGUAUAGCUUAGUGGUACUACAUUCGGUCUUAGCAUUUGGAUAAGUAUGUGAAAUUAGUUACACUAAUACAUACUGCUUCUUACAAACUUAAAUAUCACACAGAAUGUAUCAGUUGACGAAAUGGAUAUCAGACGAGAUAUCAGCUAUAAAUAGAUGUUCUAGUUCCUCCAGCAAACUAAUAUAAAAGAUUAUUGUCAUUAUGGAUUCCUCGUUACCCUGGCGUUAUACGUGUCCAAAUAAUAUGCAGUGUUAAUUGGAAAGUGAUUUCCUAAGAAUGUUUGGUUAAUUGAUUCUUUGUAUAAGUAUAACCUUGUUUUAUUUGGCAAUAAUUGCCUGUUCGACGGGUGUAUAUACAUAUAUAUUUAUGGAUAUUUCUCCAUUAGUUCUUUCAUAUUUCAGCAGAAACAACCUAUGUUCGGCUGUUCCUGUUGCGUAUUUCUGCUGUUUUCUGUAUUUACUGUAAAUGUCACAU